GAGAGUUUGAGAUUGUGGAUAUCUCAAUAAUUCAGACAUUUGGCAGAGAACUUCCAUGAGUUUGAAUUUUGGUCUUCCAGGUUACUUGCUCAGGGUGACAUGCUCAAUACCCCAAAGGUGCUGUACUCUUAACAGCUGCAAGAUCCACAAUUAACGGAUCUCCUUGCCACUGCAGUGUAAUCUUGGAGAAGUGACAGUACUGCUGGAUACCUGGACAGGCAGAUUCCUUCCGAAAGGAAUGCUGUCACCAAACUCUGUCUAAGAAAGGAGAAGGAUAAUAUUAAUACACUGGGAUAAGUGUUUCGAAAGUGAGCAACAUGGCAAACAGAGGAUCCUAUGAUCUCCAGAAGGCCAGAAAGGAUCCUUAUUCUCCCAGAGCCAUUAGAGGAUACUUCAGUGAUGAAGAGACAGAUGACUUGGACAGAACUUUGGAAGUGGCGAGUUUUGAGGAUGUUGACUUUGAGCCUACAGAGAAUAGAUGGAAUGGUGAUGAUGAUGAUAGUAAUUCUGAUUACUUUUGCGAGUUAUUGUCCUGCAGCCCCAAAGUACGCUCCAAUCAUAAGCCUGAAAAGAAGACAGCACAUGGGGGUCAGUCAUUCGAAACGGAAGGAAGCCCGAAGCCUCAUACCAGGUAUAAACCCCGUCCGCCAGGAAGGGGCACUGUUGAAUUUGACAAAGACAUAAACCUUCCACAAAUAGCCUCUGCAGAUGAUUCACACACUCAACGUCCUAGAAGGAGUCAAGAUAAAGCUGGCAGAGAGCCUACAGGUCACAGAGAAUACAAUUACAAGCAGAUACCUCAGGUAUUUGUUGAAUUUGAUGAACUGAAAAUGGAUGAAGCCGAACAUCAAUACUGGCAAGAGACUGGACGAUGGAUAAAGUAUGAAGAGGAUCUGGACAAGGAUACAGACCGAUGGGGUAAAGCGCAUGUCCCUUCUCUCACCUUCAGGAGUCUCCUGGAACUCAAAAGGGGCAUCAGCAAAGGUGCUGUUCUACUAGACCUGAAGGAAACCACAUUUAUUGGUAUUAGUGUUAACAUAGUCGAAGAGUUGAUUGCCAAGGAUCAGAUGAGGGCAGAAAAUAAAGUCAGUGUGCUGAAUGUGUUGCUGCAGAAACUUAGUCAUAGGCACCAAAUGAUUGAAGAUGAUGGAGCCCAGCUUACUUCAAGUGAACACGAUGUUGAAACCCAACUCCAUUCCCCAAGGAAAGAGGUACGCCAUGAAAAGAAGAUUCAUUCAGAAAUAAUGGAUAAAAUAACCGAAAACACAGAAGCCACUAUUGUUCUUGUUGGAUGCGUUGAAUCUCUGAAGUCCCCGACUAUGGCCUUUGUGCGGCUGGCAACAGCUGUUCAACUGGAGUCAAUUUUAGAAAUCUCCAUCCCUAUCCGAUUUAUUUAUGUGCUCCUGGGACCCAGCACUUCCAGGAUGAACUACCAUGAAGUUGGGCGUUCAAUUUCAACAUUAAUGUCAGAUCAGACAUUCCACAAAGUGGCGUAUGAAGCAAAGGAUUGCAAUGAUUUGCUGAAUGGUAUCAGUGAGUUCCUGGACUGCAGUAUUGUCAUUCCCCCAACAGAAGUUCAAGAUGAGGAGCUACUAAGAUCUGUCAUACCCUUUCAGCGUGAGAUGCUGAAGAAGAGGCAGAACCAGCUGGAAGACACAUUGGCCGAAAGAGCUGAUCAAUCUGCUGCAAGACCAAAGCCAAGUGAUGACGAUGAUCCUCUCAGAAGAACUAGGAAACCGUUUGGAGGAGUAAUCCGGGAUAUCAAGCGACGCUAUCCCAAAUACCUGAGUGACAUCAGGGAUGCCCUGAAUGCUCAGUGUCUGGCUGCCAUUAUUUUCAUUUAUUUUGCAGCUUUGACCCCUGCAAUCACCUUUGGUGGUCUUCUUGAGGAGAAGACAAAUGGUAGCAUGGGUGUUUCUGAGCUGAUCAUCUCAACAGCCAUUCAAGGAGUUAUUUUCUGUCUAAUUGGUGCUCAACCCUUACUUGUAUUGGGUUUCUCAGGUCCUCUCUUAGUGUUUGAAGAAGCUUAUUAUCGUUUUUCUACGACGAUGAACUAUAGUUAUCUGACUGGUCGAGUGUGGAUUGGAUUCUGGCUGAUUCUCAUCGUGUUACUUCUUGUUGCCUUUGAAGGCAGUUUCCUGGUACGAUUCAUCUCCCGAUUCACACAGGAAAUUUUCUCCAUCUUAAUCUCCCUCAUUUUCAUCUAUGAAACAUUCAACAAAUUAUUCAAGAUUUUUAAGGCGCACCCUUUGCUUCGUACUUACAAUACGACCCCAGUGAAUGACACACAAAUUGGGAAGGUACCCGAGCCCAACACAGCUCUGCUGUCCCUUGUUCUCAUGUUCGGAACCUUCUUCAUAGCCAUUUCCUUAAGAAAGUUGAAAACCAGUCAAUUUUUUCCAGGAACCGUCCGUCGCAUUGUUGGUGAUUUUGGUGUUCCUAUUGCCAUCUUUGUCAUGGUGCUGGUGGAUUUCUUUAUUAAAGACACUUACACACAGAAACUCAAUGUUCCAGAUGGUCUUCAGGUGACAAAUGCCUCCCAGAGAGGUUGGCUCAUCAGCCUGACUAACCAAUUUCCUUGGUGGAUGAUGAUAUGUGCAGCUCUUCCAGCCAUGUUAGUUUUUAUCCUUGUCUUCAUGGAAUCUCAAAUCACAACACUUAUCAUUAGUAAAGCAGAUCGGAAGCUGGUGAAAGGCUCUGGAUUCCAUGUGGACUUGCUGUUGAUUGUGGUAAUGGGAGGAAUUAGUGCCAUUUUUGGAGUCCCUUGGCUCAGUGCUGCCACCGUGAGGACAGUUACUCAUGCUAAUGCCUUAACUGUGAUGAGCAAAUCUGUUGCACCAGGUGAUAAACCCCAGAUUCAAGAAGUAAAGGAACAGAGAAUAACUGGACUUAUGGUUGCUAUUCUAGUGGGUUUGUCUAUUUUGAUCGGACCUGUUUUGCGUAUGAUCCCACUUGCUGUUCUGUUUGGAAUCUUUUUGUACAUGGGAGUGACAUCUUUGAAUGGAAUUCAGCUAUUUGAUCGAAUACUCCUGUUCCUGGUCCCACCUAAGUACCACCCAGACUGCGUCUAUGUCCGCAAGGUUCGAACCAGGCGUAUGCACCUGUUUACUUUCAUUCAGAUCCUAUGCAUUGCAAUUCUGUGGGCAAUCAACAAAUCUGUUGCAGCCUUGGCUUUCCCCUUUGUGCUCAUCCUGACCGUUCCCUUCAGGAUGUUUGUACUCAACAAGAUCUUCACGAAAGUAGAGAUGAAAAGUUUGGAUAGUGAUGAAGCAGAACCUACCUUUGAUGAGAAGGAAGGAAAGGACGUUUAUGAUGAGACAAUGAUGCCAAAUUGAGGAUGUCAGGCCCUUACAAGGACAGAACUUUGCAAAUGGCGGCUUACAAGACAACAGAAACACUCACCUUCGUCUUACUUAUUCUUCUUUGUUAGUUAAGGAAAAUCUGCUUAAUAGCCAAAGAUGAUGACGAAUGACUCUAGUCUAAUUUUCUAAUUACAUAAUCAAUGCUUAUUUUAGUCUUAGCUUUAAAGAUGUACAAAGAUCAAAUUACAAGAUAAAAACCAAAAGAAGUGCUCAGAUUGCUGAGAAAGGGUCACCAGACCUGAAAUGUUAACUCUGAUUUCUCUUCAAGAUGCUGCCAGACCUGCUGCACCUUUCCAGCAAAUUCUGUUUUUGUAUCAAAUUACAAGACCAGCAGGUAGUUGGGGCUAAAUGAAAACACAUUAUGAUCAUGGCAAACUGAUUCCGAAAUCCGAUCACUCUUUCCCCAAAUUUAAAAGACAACUUCAGAGACUCAUUGACAAGAAAUAAAAAUUUAUACCACUUGCUCAAAGACUCUGCAGUUUUCUCUGUUUAAACCAGGGCACAAAUGGAAUUUUAAAUAUUAAUUGUUGGUUCCAUUUUAACCCAACUUACUAAUGCCAUUGCCCAUUUUGAUUCCAGUUGCAUCCCAAAUAAUGUAAAACAAAGAACUGCAGAUGCUGAAGACCAGGAACAAAAAACAGAAAUUGUUGGAGACAUUCAGCAGGUCUGGCAGCAUCAGUGGGG